AAGAAGCGAGACACGGAAAGAAUGAAUCACAAAGAUGGCGCUGAUGCUUGGGGUUCUCAAAGGCCAGAAACGCCCCCUUGGGAUGCAUCAGAGUAUAGUCAACUCAUCUCUGCAGGGCCGUUGCUGCCACUACUAGAACACUAUGCAGGCAUAGGUUCUUAUGACCAAAACACUCUUAGGGGGCCCCCGUGGCAAGUUCAGUCACAAGGCGCUAACACUGACAAAUGUACGGGCAGCCAACUUCAACUAGCUAGUAUGGCUAAUCAAGAGUCUUCAUGCAGCACGUGGCAUCAGGCAGCACCCAUAUACCUGCCAUCGACGUCAUACACAGGUUAUUACGCUGGUGGUAACCCGGCAUACGUCUCGUGGCAAGCUUCACAAAUUGCAGGUGGAGCACGUCAUUUUGGUCUCACGGCCACACAAGAUGGUCAAAUGCAGCACAACAAGGGCCUACAACUACAGUGAACAGCGGCACGGGGACAUCUACUGUGGGGAGCUCUGAGCGCACGGAAGACGCGUUCCACCAGCCAGCAGACAAUCAUGCCACAAACAAUUUUGAGUCAGAGUCGGGAAUGGCAAUCAUUCCAGCAAUGCCAACAAGCACCCCUUUGAACACAAUCACUGCCAACACUCAAGUAGAUGGAACUGCCGCCGAUACUGAAGUGAAUGAUGAAACUGACGACGACGCACAAGGGGAUGAAGAUGGUGCGCAAUCAGAGAUCAUGGUACCUCAGCCACCGUACAUU